AUGGAAGCUGGUGAUCAUCAAGAGGGAGCAGCGAGCUCAUCAUCCUCAUCAUCGAAAACUAGUGGCAGUUCCAGAACUUCAUCAUCAACAACAUCCUUCACUAGUGCACUGACUCUCUCCCAACUGGGGGAUGCUCAUGUGCCUCAACGCUAUGUUCUCCCUCCUUCCCAACGACCAAUUAGUCCUUCUUAUCCAAACCUUUCAACUCUUCCCAUUCUUGACCUUUCCUCUUUGCAAAGUUCUUCUCUUAGGCCUCAUGUCAUCAACAAUAUUCAGACUGCUUGCAAGGAAAUAGGAUUCUUUCAGGUUAUCAACCAUGGAAUCCCUCUUUCGGUGAUGAAAGAUGCCCUAAGUGCUGCGAAUGAGUUCUUUAACCUACCUGUUGAGGACAAGAUGCUUUUAGGGUCUGAUAAUGUUCAUGCACCUGUAAGAUAUGGAACAAGCAUAAAUCAUGCUGUUGAUAAGGUUCAUUUUUGGAGAGACUUCAUCAAGCACUACUCUCAUCCUAUCUCAGAAUGGAUCCAUCUUUGGCCAUCAAACCCUUCUUCUUACAAAGAGAAGAUGGGAAACUACGCCAGAGCUGUGCAAGUGUUACAACAGCAACUAAUGGAGCUUGUUAUAGAAAGCCUAGGGUUAAACCCUAAUUACUUACAUGAUGAAGUUGAAAAUGGCUCCCAGGUGAUGGCUGUGAAUUGCUAUCCCAAAUGUCCAGAGCCAGAGUUGGCACUAGGCAUGCCUUCACAUUCAGAUUACGGCUCCAUAACAAUUCUACUCCAAAGUUGUCCAGGGCUUCAGAUCAUGGACCAAAACAAGAACUGGAUCUCAGUCCCCGACAUUGAAGGAGCUCUGCUAGUUCAGAUGGGAGACCAAAUGGAGGUUCUGAGUAAUGGCCAAUACAAAAGUGUGGUUCACAGGGUGACUGUUAGUGAUGAGAAUAAUAGACUUUCCAUUGCAAGUCUCCAUAGCCUUAGUUUGGAUAAGAAGAUAGAGCCUGCACCUAUGCUUGUGGACAGUGAACAUCCAAAGUCCUACAAAGAGUUCAGCUUCAGAGACUUUCUUGAUUACAUCACAAGCAAUGAUAUCGUAAAGGGGAGGUACAUUGAUACGCUGAAAGAGAAUCCAUGA